AUGACAAAUCUAACUCUAGAACUCAACAUUAAAUCUGCAAGCAACCUUGUAAAUGUCAAUUUCAUCACAAAGAUGAAUGUUUACGUCAACAUCACCAUUCAUGACAAAAAUUCCCGAAAGAAACAGAAGGCAAAAACCAAUGUCGAUCGCUCCCGUGGAUCUAACCCGGUUUGGUAUCACCCAUUCAAAUUUUCGGUCAAUGAGAGUUUGGUGUAUGAUGAUCGCUUGACACUCGUCAUGAGACUGGUAUCUCGUCGAUCCCUAGGCAACAUAGAAAUCGGAAGAGUUAGCAUCCCGUUACUUGAACUUUUGAAUUCAGUUAAGCCGCCAACUUACGAUGCUGGUAAUAGUCAAGAGAUGAAACUGAUGAUUUAUCAGGUGAGAACUCCGUCAGGUACACGGUCCGGCACUUUAACUUUCUCAUACCGGUUUAAACCGGAUUUACCGGCGAUCACUAACCAGCGUUCUGUAGACAAGGCAGCUUAUCCACCACCGUCUCAAAUCUCACAUCCACCACAAUUGCCAAUUGAGUUUCCUAAGUUGUCUCAGACGCGCGAUUUUCUAAAACAUCCUUUUGCUUCCCGAUCAAGCAAUGAUCCUCUUCCAAUAUCCUACUGUGCUGUGGAGACGGAGGAAGCUGGUAAAUCUAAGAGCCACGGACUAUACGCGCCACCACCAGCUAGCCACCAAGGAUAUGGACGGUACGGUUAUGCGUCGCCGUCACCGGUGGGAUAUGGAUACGCAAGUUCGUCGUAUCAGCAGCACCCGAAGGAGACUGGCCUUGGAAUUGGAAUUGGAUUGGGAGCUGGGCUUUUGGGUGGGCUGGUGAUGGGAGAUAUAGUGUCUGAUGUCGCAAACUGCUUUGAUGAUUAA